UUAGGCGGGAAUUUGGCAUUAGUUAGAGACUUAUAAAACCCUGUUUAUCAAAUUACAUGAGAAUUUAAUCCUUUAAGGGACGAUAUAACGUUUAAGGUCUCUAUUUGAAAAUAAAAUGCCACGCCUAAGGAGGCUAAGAAGAGAGAACAGUUGUUUGAUGCUCAGAAGCGACUGGAGGAACAGCUUAGGAAGGAAGAAGAUGAAAUGUUUAGAGAAUUCCAACAAGAGAGAGAGAAAGAAGGGAAAGCAAUUAAUAAAGAGUUUGAUUCAGAAUGGGAAUCUAAACUGAAGGAGCUAACAGACCGCUAUGAAAAAGAUUUGGAUAAAAAGAAAAAGAAACUGAAAGAUUCUGACAAAAAACUGAUGACAAUACAGUUUGAGAAUGAAAAGAAAUCUUUGGCAGAAACUUUAAGAAUGAAGAAGGAGAACAAAAGAAAUACAAUGACUGUCCGCCUACGACAGAAAGAACAACAGCAGACAUCAGAGCUGGUUAAAAAACAGAGCCAAAUGAUGCUUGAAAUGUUGGCCAAAGAACAGCGAGAGUUAAAAGCUGAACUGGCAAAAGAAAAAGCGAAGGUAUCUACCAUAGAAGAAAAUGGAAAAUCCCCACAUGAAAAUGGAGAUGAAAACAUAGAUGAAGUAUUGGAUAUACUUCCAUUGCCUGCUGUUGUGGCACCUCCAUCUCCAGAAGCUCCAUCAUGUCGCAAAGAAGAUCUCUUCACUGAUGAAUCUGUAUUUGAAUCUAUUGAUGAACAAGUUAUCAAGGUUGCAGAAAGUGAGCAGCUAACAUAUACAGAUCUGGUCAGACAAUUAACAGAAGACCUGGUGUCAGACUUGGAAAAAGCAAGAGCCAUAUAUCGCUGGAUCUGUGUCAAAGACCUCAAUGUGAUGGAGUUUGCAGAUAGCCUAAAUGUAGACACACCCAUGGGACUACUCCGAGGCAUCAAAUUAGGAACUGAAACGUACCAUGUGUUGUUUAUGAGAUUGUGCAGCUAUGCUGGUCUUCAUUGUGUUGAGGUUAAGGGCCAUUCAAAAAGUGUUGGGUAUGAACCAGGCAUGAAGAUAACUCCAAACUCUUUUCAAAAUACUUGGAACGCUGUUCUGAUUGGUGGGGAAUGGAGGCUAAUCCAGUGCAACUGGGGUGCAAGACAUCUUGUGCUGAGUAAAGAUAAAGAGGACACAAAAAAGCCUAAAGACCACAUUAGAUACCAGUAUGAUGAACAUUACUUCAUGACUGAUCCAGAUGAAUUCAUACAAGAAUUUUGGCCUAAUGAUCCAAAGUGGCAAUUGCUAGAGUCUCCUAUUACACUUGAGGAGUUUGAAGCUCUUCCUUUUGUAAGGUCCAUAUUUUUUCAAUACAAAAUGCGAUUUGAAGGACAUAAGUUAUCGGUUAUAAACACAGAUGACAAAGGUGGUGCCAAGAUCACCAUCAAGGUUCCUGAAGAGCAUGAAAAUGAUCUUGUGUUCUUCUACCAGCUGCGCUUUGCUGAUAAAGAUAAGCUGAAGGAAACAACUUUCAGAGGGUCGCCUUUGGAACGCUUUGUGUUCCAGACCAUGGUGGACAAUACUGUUACAUUUAGUGUUCAUGUGCCUUGCCCAGGACAGUACUUCAUUGAAAUAUUUACCAAUAAAAUUGACGACAGCGGUAGGGUGGAGGAGAACAACGCUAACGUGGCCCCGUUUAAACUCAAAUGUGCGUGCAAGUUUAAGAUCGUGUGCGACACACUGUCUGGCAAAAUGCAUCCACUCCCCAACUGUGCUGCCGGGGAAUGGGGACCCAAGAAGGCGCAAAGACAUUUUGGGAUCACUCCGAUGAUUGCACCAUCUUCAGAGUUUGAGAUGGAAAAGGUUGGUAUUUUAACGGUUGAAGAUAAUUUUGAGCUGAAGUUUAGAAUUCCUCAUCCCUACCAGUUUGUUGCCAAGCUACGGAUGAACCAGGUGGAGAGCAAAACUCUGGAUCCCUACGUGAAUUUGAACACCGAAGGGUCAGUCCUCAGUGUGUACGUCUCCUUACCACAACCUGGACAAUACGGCCUUGACCUUUUUGCAAGACCGAAAAAUGCAGCAGAUUCGCAUACACUGUCUCACGCGUGCAAGUACUUAAUUAACUGCACCAAAGUGGCAUCGCUUGUUCAGAUACCAAAAAUUGUUCCCCCUCUGACAACCAAACAAAGCAAAUUCGGAGCCACUUCAACUUUUGAAAAACUGGGCCUGAAAUUAAUUUCCCCCAAGGAUUCAAAGAUUCGCCUGACUAAACCCAGUGGCACGGUAAUGGAAAUCAAAGUCCCUCAAAAAACUGUUAUCUCUUAUCAGUUCCUGCGUGAGCCAGAUGAGGACAACAGAGACAACAUCACACAAACUCAAGAAGGCGGUAGCACGAAAUUUUCUGUCAAUUUACCCAAAAAGGGCAACUACAUGCUGUGUUUGUACGCAAGAAAAGAAGACAGCGAGGACAAGUCCUCCCCCAACGUCUACAACCUGUUAAUACAAUACUCUCCUGAUCCUGAAGAAUCAAAAGGCAUUGAGAAAAGUUCUGAAAGAAAAUCGUUUUUUUCUAAAUCAAUUUUUAAGAAAACUGAUAGCAGAGAUAAAAUGGUGGUUGAAAAGUUCUCUGACAAAUCUUCGGAUAAGUCGUCCGACAAGUCAACAUAAAAUGUUUAUGUUUCGGCUAUCCAUAGCCCUGUGAUCAACAGAACUGUAACAUAUAAAUUACUGCUGAGGUACUUAAUAGAAGGUUGCUGGUUGAAUCAUAUCCUUCUAGAGUUUAUAUUUAAAAUUAAACAUCCAGUACUACAUAAAGACUACUUACCAAAAUAGGAAAAUAAAUAUUUACUCUUUGGUAUUUGAAGUUAAAUAAAAUACUGCAUGAAUUUGGAAGGAUAUAAAACUAGAUUAGAGUUAGAGCCUAUAGUUAUUUUUGUCUUAUUUAACAUUACAUUAUGCUAGUUAACAAUGGGUUAAUCUGAAUUUUGUUUAAAAACAUUUGUGGUAUAUUAUUUUUGAGUUGUUUGUUGGUUUAUUACACAUAAACUACCUCAUUGGCCAUAAUGAAAUUGUCCAAUUAGUUUCUUCAUUAGAAUCAGCUUAUAAUAUUAAUAAACUUAGAUGUGCACAAAAAUAUAAUCUAGUUUGGGUUCUUGGUUUGAUUAUAAAAACUGGAGGAUUAUUGGCUGUAGUUCAAAUGAAAACAAUUAUACUAUAUGUAUUUAUUUACUUGUCUAGUGAAUAUUCAAAGUUUAAAGCAAAAUAACAGUAAAGAGCAUACUAUUGUAUCACUACAAAGAUAUCUAAGUAUAAGAACAUUAUAAACUAAGCACAUUAGUGGUCACUAAAACUUGAGCUAAAUAUUUCACUUUACUUUUAUUCUUGCUUGCCUGAUUUAGAACAGUGCUGUCAGGUAGAUACACUAAGCAUAUCUCAAGGCCAAUGUUGAUUAUCACUUACUUGUACAUGUAAUUAAUGUAAUUUUUGUUUCACAAAAAAGUUGCUACAUUAUUUUUAAAUAAAUUUAUUUUGUCAGAUAUGUAGCUGUAAUCUACUGAAUUACAGAUAUGCAGCCCCAAAACUUAUAAUGUAUUGGUUUAAAUCUGGUUAUUAUAACAACUAAUGGGAGCUGAAACAAAAAUUAUGACCACAUGUCUCCUGAAACAAGUUUUAUACCAGUUUCAUAAUUUAUAGCCUUCAAUUUUUAGAUCAGAAUCUAAAGGCUUUGUUCAAAAAAAAAUUUUUUAAUAGUUCUGUUAUGGUGUAGGCAGUUUUAUAUUCUAUUAAAGGUAAGUGACUUGGUCUCAAUUUUUAUGAAAUUCUAGUCAGAAAAAAAAUCAGUACAAAAAACAAAUUUUGGAAAUAUCAACUAAGAGAUUUUGUCAGUAAAAUUGUCUUGAUGAACUGUUUACCUUGGUUCAAUAUUGAUCUAGGUUAUACAUUUAACAUCGUGAUGCCCAUUCUUUGAAUAAUUUACUUGAUAAAAUAGAUUUUUUUAUAUAUUUUCUUUUAAUUAACUUUGAACCAGGUAGUUAUGUGAAUCAUUAUUUUUUAAAUAAUCAACAGAUUGAUGGUUAGCUGUGUACAUAGAGCUUGAUAAUAAGUAGCUUUUCUUAACGUCAAUUUAAUUCUAGAGCUAUACAAAAAUGCACAAUGAACAGUUUUGAUUUUUUUUUUCAAAAGCUUUUUUAUAUUAAAACGGCUUGCAUUUUAAAUUCUGACAUUUGUUUUGUUUUUUUUGUAGACAAUUUUAAAGUAGUUCAAAUUCUUAGAUAAAUCAGAUUUUAAGGAAUAUUUCUUGUAGUUAAAACUGCAAUUAAAAUUCAUUUAUGUACGUUUAUGUUUUCUAUUUAUAAAUAAUUGGGUUGUUGUUUUUGUAUAUAUACAAGCACUGACUAAUAAAUUAUGCCAAUUGAA